CAGGAAAUUUCACAUGGCUCUGACACGUAAAGCACACCUGGGUGAAGCACAUUGGGCAGCUGAGCACAGCGUCGGUUUUGCCCGGGUGCGUCCUGGCUGACGUACUGGGCGUCCUGGCUCAUCUGCCCUGUCAUCAUACAUCCAGUCAGUAGCGGCCGGGGGCUGUGGGGAACUGUCGCCGUCCAUGAGAGACAAAAGUGAAAAGUACACGAAUAUCUGGACACCUGCUCGGGGGAAGAAAUGCCGCAUAGUUUUGUUUGUGCUUGACUUCUACGACGCUUCUGGGUCUGCAGGCAGAAACAAAAAGCAAUCAAGGUGCUGCAAUUGGUUGCGCUGCCUAGAGGGCUGCAUAAAUGAAUCGGCCAUCUGCGAGCCUUUUACGCUUUGGCUAUCUGCCGCGCCUACCGGAUGCAGCCCGAUUUCUGCCGCGGUUCUGCCUCCUGCCUGUAGGAGCUGGCUUCAGCCUGCUUUUCCGAUAUGCUGUCGCUGGGCGAAGACCGCCGGCGGCCUCGAGGAGAAACGCCGAUCGGCGGAUGGACUCCCAUGCUCUGACGCACUUUGCCAGCCAGGCGCCCUCUGCUUCCAGCGGCCUGCGCUACAUACAUAACGGCGCGGCGCAGCUCCUCUAUGCCAUCAUGGCUUUCACGCGGAGCGCCGCCGUGGCUGGCCAUGCAUGCUUCGUCCCAGGAAACCAGCGACCGGGGGCUGUGGAACGACGGAUACAGGGAGAACUGCGGGUCGGCCCACUGGCGCGCAAUCCUGGACAUGCGAGUCCACCGGCUGCUUGGUGUCCAAGCUGCCCAGAACCGUUACAUCCGAUACGCGGAUACUGGUGAGGCGCUCGUAGGUCAGCGCAAUCUUUUUCUUGUCUACCGCCGCGCCGCAGGAC